GGGUCCAAAGGAGACCCCGUGGUAGUCUCCAUGUCCAGACUUCAAGGACAGGACAACCCAACCUACGUCCACAACGACGAGGACUCUGUCAGCACCGUCCCCAACCACCCCUCCCCCACCACCGGCGACCCAGCCACCAGAAUCUCCAUCAUCUCCGACCCGUCAUCGUCCCAGGGAAUCGUCCGGCGGAAGGGGAACAACGUCACAGGAGGCUCCGCCUUCCCCAACGACAGUCUUGACGUCACACCCUCCACGCUCACCAGCGGGCACAUCUUGCCCAAACAGAACGCUGCAGGCCUUAGAAAUGGCGGCGCUUCUGCUGUACCUAACGGACAUGGGAGUGGAGGAGGAGGUGGAGGAGGAGGUGGAGGAGGAGGUGGAGGAGGAGAUGGUGCCUCUCCGCCUGCCGCACAGUCGCAAACGUCGACGAUCCAGAUGAAGCGGUCCAUCAACCUUCUCUACAUGACGGCCAUCAUGGUCGCCGUAACGGGUCACUCGUCUAUCUUUGUCUCCCCUUCCUCCAUCCUCUCCCAAACUGGGUCAGUGGGCGGGGCUCUGAUCGUGUGGCUCGUGGGCGGUCUCAUCAACUUGGGCAUGGCUCUCUGCUUCGCAGAGUUGGGCACCAUGUUUGCCCAGGCUGGGGGACCCUACGCCUACGCCUCCAAAGCCUUCGGGCCUCUCAUGGGCUUUCUCAUGAUGUGGGGCUACACCGUGCUCAUAGCCGGGCCGUUCUGGGCGUUCCUGGCGUACACGGCCGCUCUCUACAUCGUCAGGCCCAUCUUCGGGGGGUGUAUGCCGGAAAACGUCAACACGGCUGUCAACCUGUUGGCUGGAUGGAUCAUGG